GUGAGAACUGCUCUGGUGGGAAGGAAUCUAAAGCCAUCACCAUGGAAUUUGUAAUGAAACAAGCUUUAGGAGGGGCUACCAAAGACAUGGGGAAGAUGCUGGGAGGAGAGGAGGAGAAGGAUCCUGAUGCUGCCAAGAAAGAAGAAGAACGGCAGGAGGCGCUCCGGCAGCAGGAAGAAGAAAGGAAAGCGAAAUAUGCCAAGAUGGAGGCUGAACGGGAAGUGGUGAGGCAAGGGAUUCGGGACAAGUACGGCAUUAAGAAGAAGGAGGAAAGGGAAGCAGAGGCCCAAGCUGCUCUGGAAGCAAAUGCAGAAGGCAGCCUGACGCGCCCCAAGAAGGCCAUCCCGCCGGGCUGUGGGGAUGAGGAAGAGGAGGAAGAGGAGAGCAUCCUAGAUACCGUUAUUAAAUACCUGCCGGGUCCACUGCAGGAUAUGUUUAAGAAGUAA